GCUCUUCCUCUUCCUCUUCCCCUGCCACCAAGCGUAAUGACACCGGGCGUUCCAUAUCUCCCAUGUAUCCCAUCCCUCUUGCGAAGGACACCCUCACAUUUUACAAGCCUAUCAAACCAUCCAGCCUAGCCCCCCCCCAACUCUCUAACCCAAAAGCAAAUUAGAUCCAUUUUUCCUCGCUAUUCUCGCCCUCAAUCGCCAAAGGCAACAAAAUCUGCCCGGGUGGUUUGCUUAUUUGCUUCUUGACCAACUGCUCGUCGCACUUGCAAUGUGCUCCUUACUAAUGAUAGAUUGAUCUCCAUCAAUUCACCCCAAUCUCAUCGACACCAUCACAAUUCAUCGCAAAUGAUCAUCACGACUACCAGUUCGACCGUUUAAUCCCCCUCAUCGCCGGUCUAGAUUCAGUCGUCAAUGUAGAUGGAGUCGUAAUCGACCUUGUUUCCGACCGCAAUAAUAAGAGUUCGCUCAAACCAACACUCGUUUAACAUCUUGCCUACUUUACUUUCCACCUCGACAUCGCGACCGUAUCGUAUCGUGUCGUGUCGUAUCACUUCGUUCUUUCAGCGCCGGCAACAUCCAUUUGAGUUUCGAUCAAUUCAUCUUUACUUUUACGAUUUUUCAUUUCAUUGCUCUCGCAGCUUAUACCCAAUUCGACUUUUCUUUUUCUGUUCCCACCACUCACCUUCCUCGAGCCGGCUCUCUUCCGUUGUCUUUAACCAACAAUCACAUACAGGCUAAGCCUUCAAGCACCAACACCUUUCGAUUUCCUCGAUUUAUCCCAAAGCCAACCUUGACUCCUUCACUCUCAAUUUAUUUAAUACGGCAUCGUAGAAUAUCGCACUCGGGACCGGAAAGAUGGCGUAUUACGAAUCAUCUUUCCCUACUCUAUUUCGACGAUGUGUUGAAUGCGAUGGAGCCAGUCCAGCAUGUCCGAGUUGUGCCGAUGAUGAGAUUUGUUCCCUCGUCCCACCGACUUGUACAGCAUGUCAACAGACUGUGUGUGUGGCUUCCUCUGCUGCACCUUCGACGACUGUUAGUUCGUCUUCAUCGUCAAAAUCCGGUCCAAAUGCAGGCGCUAUUGCGGGAGGAGUUAUCGGCGGAGUCUUAGCUGUCGCAACCGUUACUUAUCUCGUAUGGAGGUUCUGCAUCAAAACGAAACGACAACAAUUCGAGCAAGAUGAUUGGAUAGAGAACCAAGAGCAAGCCAAUGCAGAGAAAGAUUUCGCAAUGCGAAGGGACGCAAGAGCUUCUACGCAUACUGUUGGAUCAAUUGCAUCGACAGUGCUGACACGAGCAUCGAACAUCAUUCAAAUCGCAUACAUCCCAGGUGUCACCAACAGAUCCACUCCAUCCACUCCAGGUCUCCUUGUUCCUCCGGUUCCUCCGAUCCCAAUUGCUCUAUCAAACUCAUCUGGAUCGCCAAGAUAUGAGCAAGAACAUUUCUUCAUGCCAGGAGAUCUACGUGACUCAACGUACAGUGGAAUUAGUGCAAUUGGGGAACGAAACUCGUACGCACGGAAUAGUGUGGCGUCUACUAUUUACGGAAAACAAGCUAUCGUAUCACCCGUUCCAGCGCAGACAGUCAUCCGAGGAAAAGCAGCUGUUGUCAGUGUCAACAAAGCCGGUGGAGGUUCGUCUGGCGGCACCAUCACACCACCAGUUCCAAGCGUUGAUUUCAAAAAAUACUCUGAAAACCCACCAAGCCCAGCAUUCUCUGUGGGCAGUACAUUCUUGAAUGCUGCUAGUGCUGCGACGAUGACCAAACCACAAGUCAUUCGAGUGAAUUCUAGCUUGUCAAAAGCAACUUCACUUGAGCCUACAAAACCCACAGGAGUCCCAUCAUCGUUAUUUCCCCGAGACUCUAAUGCUAUCACUUUAAUCGAGGAUGGCACCCCAAUCACACCUCAAGGACCUUUUAGUGAUCCUCCCGACACGAGUCGAAAAUCAGACGCUAGUUUAUCAGCCAUGACACAAGAUGCAACAAAAAAGUCACAAGGGGAUGUAUUCUCAGACCAACAUGAAGUAAAGGAAUAGCGGGUCAUCUUUUGAUACGACAUAUUUCUUUUGGGAAGCGAUUUUGACAUAGGAGGUCACCCGUCUGGUUACGAUUUGGUUUACUUGUUUCUUUCAACCCUCUAUGUACUUGGAGGAGGGGCGGAUCCCCAUUUUGAUGGUUCACAAAUGGUGUGGUAGGGUGUUCAAGGGGUAUCUUAUGAUUGGCAAUGAUUUGUUAUUUUUUUUGAGUGAUUUUUUUUUCUGGGGAUGUGUUUUUUAUAUCAUCCUAUCUUGGUACUUUACCUACUUUUGAAGGAUUCCAUAGACGAUGUCAAUACCAAUGAAUCUGUUCAGCAAUUUUAAGGGAUGUAAAAUGAAGUGGGAUGAUGGAAUGUUUGCAUGUGAUGUUUUAUUGUAAUACGUAGGAAUAAUAUAUAUAUAUUUUUUUUUUCA